AAAUGCUUGAUAGCAAGUUUGAGUGAUGGCUUGCAGCAACUGUAGGAAGUGCGGUCCAUCUAGUUUGAAGGUUGACUCUCAUUUAUUUUGCGAUUCGCUGUGCUACUUGGAGUACCAAAGACGCCCUGAUGCGACAGUGACCCCGUGCAUCGCCUGUAAGAAGUGUUUUAGACUGCCUAGCAAUGCGACCGAACAGUUUCAGUAUCACAAAGUGUUUCUGUGCUCCAAGAAGUGCCUCUGCUUAUUUCGACAGUGCUUCAGGAGCUUCUGCAGAGGUUGCGGUGAGUUCUCCCCCUCCUCUCCUAAUAUAGGGGGACCUGGAGGUGACGAUCUGUGUUCUCCUGAGUGUAGAGAGAUGGUGUAUGGUCCAUGCGUUGCUUGUGGGUUCGGACAGAACGAAGGUCUCUCCCUGUACUCUCUGGCUCUUCCGGACGGCAGAUUGAAAAGAUGUUGCAUGAACCCGGAGUGUAUGACAGGCUUCGACCACUGUCUUAAUCAGAUGUGCUCCUACUGCUGCCAGGAACCGCCAGUGCCUGAGAGGAGGAUGAGGAUGGAAUUCGCAGACAAGAAAGUGCUGCUCUUUUGCAACGCAGAAUGCCUCCGAUCCUUCGUUCAAAGUCGUACGAAAGAAAAUGUACAGUAUGCUACGAAUGAAUUGGAAAUGCCUCCUAAUAGCUCCCUCAACAUGCAAAGCUGUCAGGCUAAUGAUAUGCAAUCAAAAUCAUUUGUGCCUUCUCAGUUUCCACAGAUGAGUAAUCGAGAUCUGAUUGUAUCAUCGAUUUACCCUUUCGGGAGUUCAGUCGCAUCAGCCACUGUAAGCUCUAACCAAAGACAGACGCCGCUUCAGCCUUUUUCUGCCCAAAACUUCCAUAAUCCAUUGCAGUCGUAUGGAAACCCUGUAGCAACUGCGCAAAGAACCAUGGACAGACCUGUUAUGACCGCGGGGCUUCUAAAUGGCAGUCGGGUUCCAAUCGCUUUGGAACAGCAUGGCCAGCAAAAGGGUGUUGAUAAUAGCUUAUUUCCUUCAAUGCCAGCUCUCGAAUCACUGAAUGCUGCUGCUGAUGGUAAAUGUGGCCAAACAGAUCGAGACAGUGACAGUGAUGAUGACAUUCAAGUGAUCACCGUUGACGUGAACUCGAACGAAACUCACAAGAGGGCUGUUCAGGCUCGGUGUCACCCUAGUGAUAACCACAUCAGCUUGAGUGCUUCUACUGUGAAGAAUACUUUGACUUCAAGCAGCAGCGAAAAGAAUGAAACCACAUCAAUGGCAACAUCCAAACAACUUUCGUCUCCCCUUGUGCAGCCUCAAGUGCCGAAUCAGGUGGAGCAUGAGAGAUGUAAAUCGACAUCCAAACCUACUCCUAGUUCUCUGCCAGUAAAAGAAAAUGAGAUGAAGACGAGUUUGUUCGUGGAAGAGGAGAAGUCGCUACCUGCUCGUGGUCCUGUUGCCCCUCUCGUGGACUUAGUAGAGGAAGAGGAAAUGGUGUCUCAACAUGAAGCCAACGGGGAAACAAACAAGCUGGAUGACACCCAUAACAAGAAAAGUGAGUCGUUGUCGCUGACUAAUGUUCCAGUCGUAAGUGAAUCAAAAACACAUGCUACUGUUGACCGAAACACUCCUAAUGACACUACAGAUACUCUUCCGCCGAAGUAUACCUGUAAUUUGAAACCUAUGACAUGCGAUGUUUCGACAGAAGCCGCAGCAACAUCUGUUAAUGUUCAAAGUGAACAGUGUGCUAGCCCAGCAAAGUCAGCACAAACAAGUGCAGUUGGCGACAGUGUAGAAAAAGAGGCCGAGGUGGUUGCUGCUACUCAAGGUGCGAUAGAUGAGAGAAGUAGUGAUGCGGGUGAUCUAAUCUGUGAAGCGUGUGGCUGCACGGUCACAUUUGAGACACACCCCACCUACUGUGCAAAGCAUAACAGUGAAAACAGUAGACUCGUCAUCUACUGCUCAAGGCAGUGUCGCUCAACAUAUGAGCAGCAGUGGGUGGAAAAGAAGCGCUGCAACAACUGCACUCAGCUGAAGCCAGUGGGUCAGGAGGUGCGAGUGGCAGGCAAGACAAGUAUCACCGUCUGCUCCUCACUCUGCUACGAACUGUACAAACAGAGAUACUUGUCCAACUGCGGUGUCACUCUGGCUAACUGUGCAUUCUGUGGUAAAUGUUUCCUCGACAAAGGCAAAGGCCAGUCUUCUGCCGCUGCGACUGUCAACAACGACGACGCACCUUGCACCUCUUCAAGAGACAGACAGCAGUUUUGUGCAGAAAAGUGCAAGAGUCAGUUCAAAAAGAGACUAAGAGACCAAAACAGAUGUGGCGCGUGCAUGAAGAGGUCAUCAACUCCACAUCAAAAUUCUAAGAAAUCCUACAGCUACGGUGGAGGAGAAGGCGUGGACAUAUUCUGGAAGGGGGAGCCGAAGCAUUUCUGCGACAGAAAGUGUCUCCUCAUAUUCUACCAGCAUGCCAACUCGAUCAACAUGUUCCCAGUUGAGAAUCCAACCAACCGGAAACGAACUGCUGAGAACAACUACAGCAGCACAGAGGCGCAAGAGAUAGCCUCCAAGUCGAAGAAGGUCUACAGAGACAGAGGGCAAAUACUUGCACCAUUUAAAACUGUGGUACGUCCUCGAAGACUGGCGACCCGAAAUGUUGGCUUGAUGUGUCAAGUACCCACUUGUGAAAAGAGUGUGCAGAAAGAACCAUCAGUGUCUCACAAAUCAACUGCAACAGAAGUACAAAACGAUUUAGGAAGAGAAACAGAUAAAAUUUUUGUUCCAGUGCCUAUGAUUGUGUUCGUGCCUAUUCCUAGUAACUACCUUUGUACGAAUCGAAGUAUACCUGAUAAUGGAAAAGGCAACGGAAAUUCUCCUGCAGAAAUAUCUGGGUCUCAAAAUCAGUGCAGUCGGAUUACUAAUAGUGGCAGUAGUGGAGCAACAGCUGAUCAAAGGCCUCGUUCACCCAGGUGCAGUGAGCCAAAAAAGAAAGCAAAUGGCAAUCGGCAACUGUGUCUGGCUGACCAGAUUAACUCAAUAGCUCAAGCAGUAGUAGAGAAAACCAGAAAAGAGUUGAAAUUGACAGAAGAAAGAAUGGUAAGCGAACUUCAGGAUGAAAAAUUGGCCGCUGCGAUUGCGUGUGCUUUUCAAACCGUGGACGGGACUAAAAGUGUUGAUGCAACAGGAGCGAAAACCAGAGAACUUCAGAGAUUUCAAACCAAACAAAUUCAGUCAGAAUCACACCUCACGCUCGCUAAAAUCAAAGCAAAGGCAGCCCUGGAAGCCAACAGUCGAACCAAAUCACCCAAAAAGAAGUCACUCAAAGAUGUCUUGAGUGCUAAAAAGCUGAAGAAAUUAAAAACGAUCCAAGAUACACCUUCGAAAAGUGAUGCUCGAAAGUGCGCUGAAAAGUUUAAAAUAAAAAAAGAGAAAUCUAAAGCAGAAGAUAAGAAAAUCAGAUCGUCAUCUAAGGAGAAUUCGACUGCUUCAAGUUUCACGGAUGAGUUCGUCAAUCCCAUCACAGCAGAAAAUUUGACCUUCAAUUUUUUCGAGGAUUUCGGAGAUUUAGCUCAAAGCGCAGUUUUGCCUCCGAAACUGAGAGUGAAACUUGAAUGCCUGAGGCAACUGUUCAGCUGUGGCAGUGACAUUGAGAAGGCGAUGAGAAGUUUCGGGAUUGGAGAUGGGAAAGAAAAGGAGGAAAAUGUCGAAGAAAUAAGGAGGGGUGGGAAUGGAUGCCUGAAUAGUGGUGCUAGUGGCAGCAGUGGUGUCAGUUUGACAGCAGACUCUCAUGACGACUCCAGCCACUGUAAUUCGAACUCUUCUGAUGAUGAAUCAAGUUCACUCGCCUCAAUCAGAAGCAUGCAGAAAGAGAAGAGGAGAGACACAAGCGAGGAAGCAGUGAUUCCCCAUACAACUCACAAAAGUAGAAGCCAAGUGGAAACGAGCAGAAUGAAUGAAACAAGUGGUCAGCACAAGAAGAAAAGAAGAGACUGUGCAAGCAAAGACAGGGUGGAACGCACUAAUGAUUUGCUGUGUUCUGGUGGGCAGCAUCAGCAGUCCUGUUCGUCUCUUUUUUCGGAUAAAUUUAUUGGUAGAGUGGGCGACUGUGUUGCGUAUGUUGUGGGACUCCUCUACAGUUUGCAUUAUGGGCAUCAGAAAGACUGGCACGUGUAUUCAAAGCAUCAGCCCCUUCAUCAUUGGCCCCACUCCACUUUAGACAAGGUGUUGAAGAAGUUGCUGUUGCUGCACUCUGAGAGUGAGAAUGGAAACGGGAGACUGCCUCUGCAGCUACCUCUGGAAAUUGUGCGACUGAAAGUGAUGGCCAUCGUGUUCAUUCAAGUCCACUUUUCUCGCCACUCUCUUUCAAACUCCAAUUGUCCUCUUUUCUUCAGUGAACUCAUGCCACUUCUUACGCAGACACUCAACUCCGCUUUCAAACAAGUGCCUUCACUUGAGUGGAAAAAGGCGGAAGAGAAGAGCGCCAAUCUAGAAGGACGUGGACACCUCGACAGACUCAUGUGGAUGAGCGGUCUCCUUGGGUAUGCGGACUCGCAUUGUCUGCAAUUUACAGUGCAUUAUCACAUCGUGAGAGAGUUUGGAAUCUACGACCUCGGAGAACACAAACUACUCACCAGGAGCCACUUUCUCAUGCAAGAGUCAGAUGUAGAUCAGACGAGACAGCUCAAGUUCAGAAACUCGGGAACUAUCAAGUACGACGACGAGGACACCCGCCUCAUCAAAGCGGCCGGAAACUCCAAAAUGUGUGGUCUGGUGGCAUGUGAGAAGUACAUGGACAAAAUGCCAGAAGUGAAACGUCCUUGUAUCUCCAUGUUCUACAGGGAACCCCACAGAACAGUGUCUUCAUACAGUAAGGAUCUUAUCUCAGACGACAAGAUAUGCGCCCAAACUCUAGAAUACUAUUUACGACUUACAGAGAUACUGCAAAGCAGUGCCAAGUUCUUUGACAGACUCUAAAACUGAUGCAGAUCUCAUCUUCUCACCAUCCCGUCCAGCCUAAAUUGUUGCUUGAAUUUUGAUCCAGUUAGAAACUGGAGUCGUGCUCAUAAACAAAUAAAACUACACAAUACUAAAUUUUGCUAACUUUUGUUAUCGGUUUUAUUUUUAGUUGAUAUUCUCGAUAUUUACUCGUCUUUCAUAUAUCUGUUUCCAUUGUUUUUUAUUUUUUUUUCGAUGAUUACUAAUGUAUUUCAUUAAUUUUGGGGUAAAAAGAAAAGGUGGCAGAUAUUGCUUUUUGUUGCUUUAUAUUUAUUACGCACUGUUUGUUUGAGUAGCGCGUUUAGAACAAUUCCCACCCAUUCAAUGGUCAUGAUUUUGGACAGUUACUUUUUAACGUAAUCUUGCCAAGUACUUCACUUCAGAGGAAGUCAGAAGCUGAAUGCUAGUUUUGCAGCAGCAAGUAGUCUGUCUUCGAUCCUGAAAUAUUGCGUGAAUCAUGGUAAUCAAUUUGCGUCCACCACUCGAUACUGAAUAUAUAGCAUAACCUGAAUAUAAUAAGUUUUGGAUUGGGAUUUUGGGGCAAGGCAAGCUGAUGAGCUGACGAGAAAGCCCAAUCUCUUUGUCGGAAAUUAAAUUGCUCUUUUUAAUGUAAUGUUAGAUUUAAUUUGCUCAUAUUCAGUUACACAAAUUUAUGUAAACCGCUUUGAUCUUAUAAUGUUGAAUUCGAAUUUCUAAUUUAUGUUUGAUAUACUGAAAACGUAGUAGAAUUUUUCUACAGUUA